GCACCGACAUGGAGACUCAACACCCCCACAAGCAGAAAAAAUGACAUUGCAGUAGCUAGACAUUGCUUUAAGCCUGACGAGCCAUGUGAGACAUGUUACACUGAACGGGCCGACCCCUUUACAUUUGACGGAACUCACAUUCACACGGGGAGCUACAGGAAGCGUCAGAGAGCGGCGGCUGCACAGAAAGAACAAUGGGAGUGGAAGUUGAAACCCUGAAACCUGGAGACGGAAGGACUUUUCCGAAGAAAGGACAGACUGUUUCCGUGCACUACGUUGGCACCCUGACAAGUGGGAAAAAGUUUGACUCCUCUAGGGACCGGGGAGACCCCUUCAAAUUCAAACUUGGAGAGGGUCAAGUAAUUCGUGGUUGGGAUGAAGGUGUAGCUCAGAUGAGCCUUGGCCAAGUGGCUAAGUUGACCUGCUCGCCGGACUAUGCGUAUGGCAGCAAAGGAUACCCACCCAUCAUCCCAGGAAAUUCCACUCUCAUCUUUGAAGUGGAGCUUCUGAAUUGCUGAGUGUUUUAAGAUGGUUUUUUUCAUUCCACCCACAUCUCUGAAACAAAUAACUGUUUAAUUAAAGGUGCUGUCAGUAGCAUUUAUGCACAUGGAUAAAUCAUUAUAGAAAAUAUUCUGAUAUCCUGGUAUAAUUGAGACAAAUUACAAACAAACCAUACUAAUGCCAGUGUUAUCAUUGGUGCUAAGAUGACGCUCUUUAAAGACUUAAAAGGAAUAGUACAGCAUUAUGGGAAAAUGUUUUUUUGCUUUCUUGCAGAUUGUUGCAUUAAAAGAUCAACACCACUCAGAUAAGCCAACCAUUAAUACAUAAUAUCUUGUUUGAUUAAUCUGCCCAAAAACCCACGUGUCAAAACGUGGUUUUAAGGGUGGGGUUAUAUGCCAGUCUAUUUCUUGACUUGGUGCAGUAACAGACGGAGCCAGCUGUUUCCAGUCAUUAUGCUACAGUAAGCUCAGCUAAUCAGCAGCUGUCUGUAGCUUACUAAACAGACAUGACUGGUAUCAAUCUGUCUAACUCUUGGCAAGAAAUUGUCCCCAAAAUAUAUAAACAUCCAACAUGUUAAGUAAGCUUUUAGGAUUUAUUUGGCCUUCAUUCUUAUAUUUGCCUGUUAAAUCUUUGACUUAUAAUUCAGUUGUUAAAUAGCACAAAAUAUACAUAAUGGAAUAAGAGCAAAAAACAAAGGAACGAAAAGUAAUAUAAUGAUUUUUGAUGUCAAAAAUGCACAUGUAAGACCUUUUACUAAAAAGUUUAUUUGUAUUUUCCAGCAUGAAUUUAUCCUUUCAAUAGAUGCAUUGAGUCGGCAGCUUAAAACUUUGACACAAGAGACACUUUGUAUGUUUAGAAACAAUAAUGGCUCAUGAUUUAAUUCAUUUUUCAUCUCUACUUGUGUUGCCAUUUAUAAUAUAGGGAACUGAUUUUGAAACCGGUUCCUUAUACUAUACUCUUGGGUCUUUUUGUCAAGUUAUAGGCCUGAAGUGCUCUUGUACUAUGUCAUAAUUCUGAACAUAUUUUAUUUCUUCAUUGUGUCAUCUAAUAGAAAUUGUCUUAUCUGUGGGUAUUGCAUUCUUGCAUUAAAAAAAAAAAGUAUA